AUGGCCCUUCCACGCUCUUUGCUGCAGUACGUCUGCAGUCUCGUCCUCCUGGUUGCCUGCGCCCAGGCCCUCAAGUUCGAUCUGCAAGCGUAUUCCCAGCACGAUCGGAAGCCGGAGCGAUGCAUACGGAACUUUGUGGCUAAGGACACCUUGGUCGUCGUGACGGCCACCGUCGACGGCCACAGAGGCGAUGGAAUGGUCGUGAACAUGCACAUCAAGGACGCUGUAGGAAACGAGUACGGCCGACCGAGAGACGUCGCAGGCGAGUCGCGGACAGUCUUCACCUCCCACGCCGAUUCCGCGUUUGAUGUCUGCUUUGAGAAUAUUCUAAGCGGAAACAAAUAUGUCGACAACCCUAGCCGACACGUCGAGCUUGACAUCGACAUUGGUGCCGAUGCCAAGGACUGGUCCGCCAUCCAGGCGACCGAGAAGCUCAAGCCCGUUGAGACGGAUCUCCGGCGUUUAGAGGAGCUCACCGCUGAGGUCGUUAGCGAGAUGGAUUACCUGAGGGCACGCGAGCAGAAGCUUCGAGACACCAACGAGAGCACAAACACUCGUGUCAAGUGGUUCGGCUUUGGCACUACAUUUCUCCUGAUUGCUCUUUGGGGAUGGCAGAUCAUGUACCUCAGGGCAUACUUCCGAUCCAAGCAUCUCAUUUAA